CAUGGCGCCGGCGCGGGGGAGCUCACGCGGACGGAGCGGGAACCGUUAACGGGCGGCGGCGGCGGCGGCGGCGGCGGCGGUGGUGGUGGUCGUCGGAGGGGCUACAGCUCCCCGCGAUCGAUCAUCAGCGACGGGUCGUCGACGGACCGACCCGAUUUCCAUUGACAAUGUUGGGAGAAAGUGAAUUUCUCAGUUCCCCACCAAGGAAAACUGUCCGAUUUGGUGGAACUGUUACAGAAACCUUAAAGAAGUAUAAACAGGGGGAUACUGUUGAUUAUGAUUUGCUGAUGACACAACUGGCUGAUCCGGAGAUAAAGGAUGCUCAAAUAAUCAACUGGCUUCAGGAAUUUCGUGGUGCUGUAGCACAAUUAACCAAGGACUUUGAGCAUCUCGUUAGCAUAAUACUGAACCUGCCAUGGUUGUGUCGAAGUCUUAUGGUGGUGGAGGAAUACUUGGCCUUCUUAAGUAACCUAGUGUCAGCACAGACAGUGUACCUGAGGCCUUGCCUUAGAAUGCUGGUCUCCAGUUUUGUACCAGGGAGAAUUGUUAUCCAAGAAAAUGGUGUGGAUAUUUCAGAUUCUGAAGAUGAAGAUGAAAAUCUGCCUAGAAAUUUUGACAUCUGUCAUCGAGCUCUGCAAAUGAUAGCAAAAUAUGUGCCCUCAACACCACAAUUUUUAAUGCCGAUACUAGUUGAAAAAUUCCCAUUUGUAAACAAGUCAGCCAGAAUCCUGGAAUGUUAUGUGCACAAUUUAUUGAGGAUCACCGUAUAUUUCCCAAUGCUGCGCUUAGAAAUCUUGGAACUCGUAAUGGAAAAAUUCCUAAAACUGGAUGUGAGUGCCUCACGUAAUGACAUUGAGGAUGCAGAAGAAGCUGUUGAGGUUAACAAUGGAUUGUCAACAUGUGCAGAGGAAGGCCUGUUUGAUAUGGAUGAGGAUGAAGAGAAGCAGAAAGUCCAUUUAGAGUUGCCAAAUGAUAUGAUGGCUCAUCCAGUGGCUGAGCGAUUGGAUGUUCUGAUGUCCGUUCUGCUGGCUUACAUAAAGGACAUUUGUUAUGUCAAUGGAGAGUUGGUGUUGACCAGGACAAAAGAGUUGUACCGAGACUUGAUAGUAGUGUUUGAUAAAUUGGUCCUACCCACUCAUGCUUCUUGUCAUGUCCAGUACUUCAUGUUUUAUAUCUGCAGUUUCAAGUUGGGAUUGGCAGAGGCUUUCCUAGAACAUCUUUGGAAGAUGUUACAGGAUCCAAAUAAUCCUGCAGUAAUAAGGCAAGCAGCUGCAGGCUACAUUGGAAGUUUUCUGGCCAGAGCAGCAUAUAUUCCUGUUAUCACUGUGAAGGCUUGUUUGGAUCUGCUGGUCCCCUGGAUACACCACUACAUAGACAACCAGGAUGCUGGAACAAAAGCUUACUGUGAUGUGGCUCUUCAUGGCUCAUUCUACUCUGCUUGCCAAGCUGUAUUUUACAUCUUCAUAUUCCGUUACAAACAAUUACUGAAUGGAAAUCUGAGGAAAGGUUUGUCAUACUUACAAAAUCUAAAUUUUGAACGUAUAGUGAUGUGUCAGCUGAACCCUCUAAAAGUCUGUUUACCUUCUGUCGUCAACUUGUUUGCAGCUGUUACUCGGAAAUAUCAGUUAGUUUUCUGCUACACAAUUAUUGAACGAAACAAUCGACAACUUAUACCAGUUGUUAGGAGCAGCACUGGAGGUGACUUGGCCCAGAUUUGCUCAAACCCGCUUGAUUGCUUCUUUCCCUUUGAUCCUUAUGUUCUUAAAAGAUCUAAGAAAAUGUUUGAUGGUAUUUAUCGAGUUUGGGAGGAUUUGAGCCUUGACGUUCAGGCUCCACAGAAAAUCAUGAAACAGGAUACAGCUGAAGAUGAAGAGGAUGAUUUCUUAAAAGUCGAGUCACUGCAAGAUGAGACUCUUGGGAUCACACCGAGCUCUUUCGAAUCUCACAUGCAAAGUCCUAGCAGUGUUGAGUCUCCACGGGCUGUGUUUCCACUGCAUCACUUUUGAACUUAAUUGUCAAUCAGAUAAAGGUGGAAACUUUUAGAUGCAGUUUCAAACAAAGUUGCUUUCUGUUCGUAAGAUCGGCACCAGCAGCAUAAUAUAAGAUGGAGAAGAAAAUGCUGCAUCAGAGACUAUUCAGGAACAUUGUAAACUGAAGUUUACUUUUGUCUGGACCACUAUUUUUCUUUGACUCAGAGUUCAUUUGUCUAAUUGAUUCAGCUGUUGUGUAAAUGUUUUUGUAUAUUUGUGUAUAAAGCAAUUUGUAAAUCUUAACAUCUGCUAUGUUUUUGUUUUAAAUGAUUAUCAUCAGUUGCUUUUUAAAGUAUAUUUGGUUUGGUUCCAUAUUUGUUUGAUCCCCCUAGUUGGAUCAAAUUUAUUUUCUUUCAGGAAUGAAAAAUAUGUCAAUUACUAGUUGAAGACAAGAAUACACAAAAAGCAGUUUGUCACGAUUUCCAAAUCACGAUAGCGAACUUGUAAUUCCAAGUACUGAUUUUUUUCUUAUGUCUGAAUUAUUAAAAUAAUGUUUCAAAUUCUUUUCACUACUUGCUUUUGUAAGAAGGGUUCACCUUUUGCAUUUGAUACAGGCAAUUGAUGCUAAAUUCCAGUUUGCUCUCCUUUUUUUCAGUUAUUGACUUUGGCUGCUUUUCCUUUAAAAACAAGCAGCUGAAUGAAAGCACUGAUGAAUGAUUUCUUUUGUAAUCCUGACCUAAAUAUAACACCUACUGGAACUGAAAGUAGCUAGCUCAAAAUUGUUUUUCUUUUAUCUACCUGGCUUCAAAUUGCAGCCAUGUUAAUUACAUCAACCAAAAUGUUAUUGAUGUAUGGUGUGCCAUUUAGUGCCUGGUGAAGCAGCAAGAAUUGGAUCACAUUUCAGUGUAGAGCACCCUAGAGAAACAUUGGGUUCUAGCAUUGGAGCUGUACUUGGUAGCUUGCAUGUCUUUCUUUUGAGGUGAACACUCACUUUUAUGUUAUUAGCCUCACUUUUUAAAAAAAAAAAACCUUGACAAAGUGAUGCCUUGUUGCUUGAGGUGUUACUGGGAUUUUAACAGUGCUCUAAAUUCAUAAUUGCAAGUGAACAACCUCUCUAGCCUGGAAAAAUUAAAUUUUAUAUUUGUGGCAUGUCAAAUAUCUGCAUUCUGAUAAAUUGUAUAUGUUUUAAGACAUUUUCAAAGUUUCUUUAUGAAAUUUCAGCUUCUAACUUCAUUUCUCAUGUAUGUACCAAUCGCUAUUUCAUUGUCUGUAAAAAUUAUUGAUUCAGAUUUUAUGGUUUUAAUCAUGGAGAAAAUGUUCAGCACCCUCUGGCAUCAGCACAUGCACAAUAAAAUGUAAAAAUCCUGAAA